CAGGGGCUUUAAGGUUCAGGGUUUCUGGCGAUGGCUACCUUGAGUUUAGCAGAACUUGCGAGCGCCUUGCCACGGUGCAGCAAGAGGAGCCACCAUCUUCUGCUACAAGUGUCUGGAAAGAACAAUGCGAGGAUAAAUGCGUUAGGAGGUAGUGGUAGUAGCAGUGUAGUAGUGCACAGGAAGAGAUACCGAAUGCAGGUGGGUGUUGGAGACGAUGAUCUUUACAGUGUGGAGGAUGUUAUAGAUGAUCAAAUCGAGUCUACUCUAGACAUGCUGGACGAGGGAGCUGACAAGACUGCCGAGGAGCUACUCCUUGGAUUUGGCUUACCUCCUCCUGCUUUUGCCGCUGCUCCCGUUGAAGCAGGCCCUGAAGCAGCGGAUGGAGCAACUGAGGACAGGCUAGAGAGCGUUAUCGCGGCCGGAACGGUUGUGGAGUACAAGAUCAACGAGGACGAGUUUCACAAAAUCAGCCUCCACGAGUGUGAUUUCUUCAUUCGAAAGGUACCCGAUCCUGACGACAACGUAUAUGAUUUCAGAGAAAUGUAUGUCACACCUCCGGAUACUGAUGUUUAUUCAAUCCCCAAGGUUAUCGGGAAAAUGCCGAAGCAGAAUACGAGGUGCAACCUGGGAAAAUGGAAUGAAAUAGUUCUUGUUCGAAGCAACGACAGAAACAAACCACGAGAGGCGAUGGGCAGAAACGAGUUUCACGCUCUCAAAGUUUUCCUUAUAAAGCACUAUAGAAACCGGAGGAUGGAGGCCCCAAACUUCGUUCUCAACUUUGAAAAGGUGUUUGUGCUGGACGGAGCGACGAAAUCUAUUAGAAAAGCCAAAGUCAAGAUCGAAGUUCCUGGCGGUAAGGAUCGAGAUAGAAGCAAAGAGAUUCUCACCAUCAGAGACGGAGGAAAGACAUUUACCAUCAUUCCACAGGAAAAACGGAAAUCACCCGACGAAGUUAUCGCGGAAUUCGAAUGGAAGAGAUCCCGGGAAGAGUUUGAAAAGUAUCUGAGAACUUUCCGGGACUUUGAAACGUCAAACUGGUUUUGAUAUAA